CUUCCGCCGCCGCCCCCGCGAGCCCUUCCCCAGCUCCAGCCCCAGUCCCAGCCCCGGCCCCGGCCCCAACCGCCCAGCAUCGCUUCGGAGCGCGGCGGCAGCUGACUGCGCGUUCACGACCCGCUGGGACCCGCGAGCCCCGCCGCCGUUAUGAACAUCCGCAAUGCAAGGCCUGAGGACCUGAUGAACAUGCAGCACUGCAACCUCCUCUGCCUGCCUGAGAACUACCAGAUGAAAUACUACUUCUACCAUGGCCUCUCCUGGCCCCAGCUCUCUUACAUUGCUGAGGAUGAGAAUGGGAAGAUUGUGGGGUAUGUCCUGGCCAAAAUGGAAGAGGACCCAGAUGAUGUGCCUCAUGGACAUAUCACUUCAUUGGCUGUGAAGCGUUCCCACCGGCGCCUUGGCCUGGCUCAAAAGCUGAUGGACCAGGCCUCUCGAGCCAUGAUAGAGAACUUCAAUGCCAAAUACGUCUCCCUGCAUGUCAGAAAGAGUAACCGAGCCGCCCUGCACCUCUAUUCCAACACCCUCAACUUUCAGAUCAGCGAAGUGGAGCCCAAAUACUAUGCAGAUGGUGAAGAUGCGUAUGCGAUGAAGCGGGACCUCACCCAGAUGGCUGAUGAGCUGAGGCGGCAUCUGGAGCUGAAGGAAAAGGGCAGGCACGUGGUCCUGGGUGCCAUCGAGAACAAGGUGGAGAGCAAAGGCAAUUCGAUUCCCAGCUCAGGAGAGGUCUGUCAUGAGGAGAAGGGCCUGGCUGCUGAGGAUAGUGGCGGGGACAGCAAGGACCUCAGCGAAGUCAGCGAGACCACAGAGAGCACGGACGUCAAGGACAGCUCAGAGGCCUCUGACUCGGCCUCCUAGAGCCUGCCCCAGCCCAUCCUCACCCGCAGGUUUCCACAAUAAACCUCAGCCUGUGGCCUUGGGCAUUUGUUUCUUGAGCAUGGCACA